UUUCAGAAACACGAGCAAUAUCUUGCAGAGAAGAUGACAUUUGUGGGCUUAUUUCUCUUCUGUAUGCUGAUGAACAUGCUCACAGAUGCCCGAUCACUCCAGAAUGGAGAUGAUCCCUACCAGGAAUCUGUAGCCUUGCUGUACUGGCCCUUCUCAUCCAGUGAUUUCUGGUCCUAUGUGGAGUAUUUCCGGAACCUGGGAGCCUACAACAGGAUCGAUGAAAUGGCCAGAGCCUUCUUUUCCCAGUUCCCUUUUGGGAGUCACCUUGGCUACCAUGUGCCCAACCAUGAACACUAA